AUGUACAACAAAAUGCUAAAAGAGGUGAAUCCAAAUGAAAUGCAACGUGUGUUGAGGUUGCAAGAUGACAUGGGAAAUACACCACUUCAUGAAGUGGCUUUCACAGGAGAAGUUGAAAUGACAAAGAGUAUAUUGAAUAAGGAAGUACUGUCAGAACAGUUUCCUUCGCGGUUGUUAGAACUAAGAAAUAAGCUUGGAGAAACUCCUGUGUAUAGGGCUGCUGCACUUGGGAAGACAAAUUUAAUCAAGUGUUUUGUUCAAGAGUCGGGUGUGGAUUUAACGGAGCAUUUUCAUAGAAGUAGUGAUAAGAUGUCCAUUCUUCACACUGCUGUCAUUGAUCAAUUCUUUGGCACAGCUUUAUGGUUAUUGAAACGGUACGACAAACUCGCUAAUGAGAGGGAAGAUAAUGGCUUGACAACUCUACAACUGCUAGCAAAAAUGCCAUCUGCAUUCAAGAGUCAAACCCAAAUGGGAGCCUUCAAAAAUUUCAUAUAUCCUUUGCUUCCUGAUUAUCAAGAUUAUGCAUAUUACCUUCCUGAUGAAGAUGAUACAAUAAAAGGACAAGAUUUGGAAACUGGCCAAAAGAACUCAAAUGAACCAUAUCAAACUCAAUGGAAGCCACCACCACAAAUUCAUCGUACAAAACUCUCAGGUUUUUCAUGGAUGUGGUAUACUAUGUGGAAGGUUCUUUCCAAAGAAUGGAAGGGUAUUGAUAAACUUUGGAGGAAGAAAGAAAAGCAUAACUUGGUUCAAGAACUUGUACACUUGUUAGCAAAGAAUGACAAGUCAUGGAAAUUUAGUUCAACACAUAAGGACAGAGCAGUUUCUUUGGGAAGAGCACUUAGCAUUGUAGAAGGAAAGCAAAAAGAGAAACAGGAAGAACAAGAUGUGACAAGCCUUAGACCUAUUAUUUAUACACCUUUGCUUAUGGCCGCUUGUAAUGGAAUCAUAGAGAUUGUAGAAGUGAUUAUUCAUUUUCAUCCACAGUCGAUUGAGCAUGUGAGUGAAGAUGAGCAAAACAUAUUGUACAUGGCUGUCAAACAUCGUCAGUUAGGAAUUUUUCUAAUGUUGAAGAAACUAAAUAUGGUUGGCCGUCUCGCUGGAAAAAUCGACAAGGAAAGUAACACUGUACUUCACUACACUGCUGAUUUUAAAGGAGGGUCUCAACCUGGUUAUGCCCUGCAAUUGCAAGAGGAGUUGCAUUGGUUUGAACGCAUUGAGAAACGACUACCUUAUCAUUAUAUCAUUCACAAGAACAACAACGACCAAACUGCGAGGGAUCUCUUUGAGAAAAAACAUGGACAUCUUUUGAAGGAUGCUCGCGAAUGGAUUAAAGAGACAGCUCAGUCAUGUUCUGCGGUAGCCGUCCUAGUUGCAACAGUAGUCUUUGCGGCGGCAUACACUGUCCCGGGAGGCACGGACGAUCGCGGAUUCCCGAGAUUACUUCAUCAUCCUAUAUUUGUAGUGUUCACAGUGAUGGAUGUUGUGGCACUUGCAAGUUCAUUGGCCUCAGUGGUUAUGUUCCUGUCAAUCCUCACAUCUCCUUGUGAGUUGUGGGAUUUUAGGAGGUCUCUACCUAGAAAACUAAUGGCAGGUUUUUCAUUCUUGUUCUUUUCAAUGGCCACAACCAUGCUGGUGUUUAGUGCAACAAUUUUGGUGAACAUCAAGUUAGAUAAGAGCAAAUGGACUUCAAGCUUGACAUAUUGUGCAGCAUUUUUUCCUGUAAGCAUUUUUGCAAUGAUGCAGUUCCCUUUAUAUGUUGCCAUGAAAGGGUGUUUCGCAGCACUUCUCAGGAGACUUAAGAAGCUUGUUCCUCGUUUCUUACUCAAUUUGGUCAAAAGGAGCAAGAGAAAUAAACUAUGGGAUAUUUGA